CGGUAGCGCUGUAGCGCUACACGUUGUUUUUGUCUCCAUAAUAUUUUCAUAUGUUGUGCACUUAAUUUAUGCAGUGCAGUGCUCAUAUCGAAGGCGAUUGGAAGGGUUACUCGACCCUUGCCCGGUUCCUUUGGAUUUUAACGAACUUACAGCGACAAGAGGACUGAAGCCAGUAGCUUUCCCAGGCAAUCCCAGUCAUGACCUCACUACGCACCGUCAAUGCAUUGAAUGGGAUUUCACGUCGGUUCUAGUUUUGCCUGUGUGUCAGCGAACGUUGUAAACGGGAGCAGUUACUUGCAAUCUUCUUCGAUGACGGUCUGAAUGAAUAUUUGCUUUGUUUCACACCAAGAAAUCACACCACGCAUCUGCUUGACCCAGGUUAAACCCCAAGCCACUCGCGCUUCAGAGGCCUGGGGAUGGGGGCGAGCAAGAGCAAGCGCAAGGACCCGGGGCAGCGGUCCCGGAGUUUGGACGGCACCAUAGGCAGCAGUGGCGGGUACCACCAAAGCCCCGCCCAGCAGACCAUGACGCCCAACCGCAGCCCUGCCGUGGAUGGAACCCGGGGCGGCGGCCGUCCCCACGGCAACAGCGCGGAGAUGGCGCUGUUCGGGGGCGUGGAACACCCUGGGAGCUACACCUCCCCCCAUCGAGGAGGACCCCUAGCAGGAGGGGUCACUACUUUUGUGGCACUGUAUGACUACGAAUCACGCACAGCCUCAGAUCUGUCAUUCAGGAAAGGUGAUCGACUGCAGAUAAUCAACAACACGAGAAAGCUGAACAGCAGGGAAGGUGACUGGUGGCUAGCUCGCUCCCUGACUACGGGCGAAAGUGGUUACAUUCCCAGCAAUUACGUAGCGCCUUCAGACUCCAUCCAAGCAGAAGAGUGGUUCUUUGGGAAGAUCACCCGCCGCGACUCGGAGAGGUUGCUCCUGAGCCUGCACAACCGGAGAGGGACGUUCCUGGUGCGAGAGAGCGAGACCACCAAGGGUGCCUACUGCCUGUCCAUCCUGGACUGCGACAACACAAAGGGCCUCAACAUCAAACACUACAAGAUCCGCAAGCUGGACAACGGUGGCUUCUACAUCACAUCCAGAACCCAGUUCAACAGUCUGCAGCACCUGGUCAGCCACUACCGCAAGCAUGCAGACGGGCUGUGUCACAGCCUGACGGAGAUCUGCCCCGUCCUGAAGCCUCAGACCCAGGGCCUGUCCCGCGACGCCUGGGAGAUCCCCCGCGAGUCCCUCCGUCUGGACUUGAAGCUGGGACAGGGCUGUUUCGGAGAGGUCUGGAUGGGCAUGUGGAACGGCACAACACAAGUCGCCAUUAAGACGCUGAAGCCAGGCACCAUGUCACCUGAAGCCUUCCUCCAGGAAGCCCAGGUGAUGAAGAAGCUGAGGCACGAGAAGCUGGUCCAGCUGUACGCAGUGGUGUCCGAGGAGCCCAUCUACAUCGUCACCGAGUACAUGACCCAAGGCAGCCUGCUGGACUUCCUGAAAGGUGAUGCGGGCCGGAUGCUACGCCUACCUCAGCUGGUGGACAUGGCUUCACAGAUUGCAGCAGGAAUGGCUUACGUGGAGAGGAUGAACUAUGUGCACAGAGACCUCAGGGCUGCCAACAUCCUGGUGGGAGACAACCUGGUGUGCAAAGUGGCAGACUUUGGACUGGCGCGGCUCAUCGAGGACAACGAAUACACCGCCAGACAAGGAGCAAAGUUUCCCAUCAAAUGGACGGCCCCAGAGGCAGCCCUGUAUGGCCGCUUCACCAUCAAGUCCGACGUGUGGUCCUUCGGGGUCCUGCUCACCGAGCUUGCCACCAAAGGGAGAGUGCCAUACCCAGGGAUGGUGAACAGGGAGGUGCUGGACCAGGUGGAGCGUGGCUACAGGAUGCCGUGUCCGGCGGAGUGCCCGGAAUCCCUGCAUGACCUGAUGCUCAGCUGCUGGCGCAAGGACGCUGAGGAGCGGCCCACUUUCGAGUACCUGCAGAACUUCCUGGAGGACUACUUCACCUCCACUGAGCCCCAGUACCAGCCAGGGGACAACCUAUAGAGGUCCCCAGGGGUCCCCCCGCAGGGAGUAGAGGAGUUUACCGGAGGUCCGUCCAGGCUCCCCCGCCACCCUGGCAGCCAAGGCUCCAAAGGGGGCGCCCGCACACGCACACCCCCGGGGCCUUACCCCUCCAGACGGCUCCACGCAGUCGGAGUCCGAACGUCCACCAUGACUGUCUGAGGUCCGCUUUGCGGUCAGCAGAACACGCACUAAAAUCAGGAAAUGCACCCCCCAUUUUCUCCAAAUCUGUAUAAAUAGACGAAUGGGUAAACGAAUGACCAGAAAUAUUUUUGGAAUACUUACUUUUUUUUUUUUAUUCAUUAUGAGUUUUAAGAGCUUCCACUUUAUUCUUAUUUUUUCUGUUCACCUGAUUUAUUUUGGUGCCAUUUUCUUUCUCUCUCCAUGGCUUUUUUUAUUUAACUAUAAAAAAAAACCUUGGAUUAACUGGAACGUGGAAUUUGAUGAAACCAGAAACUUCCGUAACUGCUUGGUCAGCUCAACAUGUACAUUAUUCAGCUGAAGCUGAGGGAAAGGGCUGGGAGGCUGUGAUGAGACCACUUCAGAACCUCUGAGAACACUGAACUGCAAGAUAAGAAAAAAGGCCCAAACUGCCCAUGACUCUUUGAAAAGCAUCUUUUUUUUUUUCUUUUUUUUUUUGCAUACUACUGAUUGCCUAGUCUCAUUUCUCGACCAGUUUCUUUUUGUGCCAAUGAAAACCAUUUUGUACUCUCAUUGUGUAUAUAGUUUAUUUUCAUUAUUCUGUACUUUAUUAUGAAAUUCAGUAUGCGAGGCCGGAAAGUAAUGUCAGAUCGUUCCAAAAUGUAUGAAAUCAUGGACUACCAUUUCUUGUACAAGCACUCAUACAGUGGCAUUGCAUAGUACGGACCGGUUGAUUUCUGGUAAGGGUUUUGCACUUGUGCUGACUAAAGGUACGAAUUAAAACGGUGACUGCCUAAAUUAUGGCCUGUUAAGGCAUGUUUUGUGUAUUUUUCCUACACCAUUUAUGCAAAAUGAUUUGGUAGAAAUGUGCUGGAAGAUUUUAUGUAUUUACUACUCAUAGUCAGUAAGCAUGUUGCCAUUAUUGUAAUCAGAAGUUGGACAAGCAAGCAGGAGCGGGGUCUAUCGCUACUUUUCCCUCUGCAAUAUUUUUGUAUAUUUCAUUUGUUUUUUAAUUUAGGAUCUGUGUGAGAUAGGGAUGUGGAUUACAAUGAUCAAUGUGAAGAAGCCAACAUUAAUCUGUGCCAUACACUGCCACAUGCUUUCCUUCUGCCCAUUCCACAUUGCAAAUGGCAGUUUUGAAGUAUAUGUACAGUACGUAUGUUCAUAAAGAUUGUCAAAGUGGACAAUCUGCUUCUUCCUGUACGUUUGGAUACUGGCUAUACUAUCUUAAAAAAACUGUUUUUUUAUGCCAUUUUUAUUUAUGCCAUUUUUGUUUCCUGGGUAUUAAUGAGACACAUCAUCGAUCAUAAAUGUAUUCAGUCGCUGCACUGAGAUGUGGAUUGAUGUCAUUACCUAUGUAAUGUGAUUACCAGGUUUUUAUGCCAUAUUGGGUGAAGGGUAAUCCUAAAACCUUGAGGUUUUCUCAUUGCUUCCCUUUUUUCUCUUUGUUUUAGAUUUAAGUCCCAUUAAGUGCAUUUUGACCAUUCAGUAACAGUCCAAACAUCUUUAUAUUUUAAACAUAAAUAAAACCAAAUUAAAUAACUGUUUCAAUCAAGGUUAAAGAAAUAUCAAUAUGUAUGGAUUACACGUUACAAAAUGGAUGUUUACCUGGAUUUGUUCUCCACUAGAAUAUAUAAUCCCAGAAUAGUAAACAAACAAGCCAUGUGACCGCAUUGUUAUAAUAUAUUUGGGAAUCAUACAUGUGGGAGUAAAGUAUGAAAUGCACAUAUUUCAGGUUCUGUGUGGAGAAAGGACACUUUGUAAACCCCAAAUGAACGUAUUAUGCUUUGUAUUCUUUUUGGUGGGGGGCGUGUCCAGGCAAAACUAAUACAAGAAUGUAGUUAGCUACCAACCUCAGUAAAAACAAGUAGUGCAGCAGUACAGAGGGCAAGAAUUCUUCAGGUUUUUGACUCCAAGACAAGUUUUGGAUGAUGUCUGUACAUUUACUGUACAGUACUGUAUGUGUACAGUUAAAUGUUAGCAAUAGCUCCUUCAUAAGUGCCAUUUGAGGUUUAAAUAUUGAAUAGCAGGCACUGGCUUGUAAAUAGCCAAUGCGAAUGACUUCUUUGCUGUAUAUCCUAAUUCAUAAAUUUGGUUUCAGGAAAACCAUUGAAAUUAUUGUCAUUUUAGUUUUCUGCUCUGUUUUUAUUUUAAACCAGGUAACACCACAUUGGCUAGCAGUUGUAGACUAGUGGUUAUUUAAGAAAAUGGGCUCUUAAACCAAAGGUUGAAGGUUCGAUUCUCAGGUGGGGCAUUGUCAUCAUACCCGUGAGCAAAGAUAAUUAAAGUCAUUUAUUCAGCAAAAUAUUAUAUUCACCCUUAGUAAGGGUGCAUGCUAAGAAAAUAAAUAAUGUGAAUCCAUUGGACAUCCCAAAUCCAAAUAGGUCAAUGAUUUGGAUCGAAGUGGUUUUAAAGAGAGUGUUCAUUUCUGGGUUAUUUUUUUAUAUAUUUAUUCAUUUUUGUCCUGUUUCUGUUUUAAUAUGUUUUUGAUGGCCUAUACUUUUUAUGUGUGAUGAAGGAUAUUAUAAAUAUUUGCAUAAGUUUCUGAUGACUUGUCAUGACUAGGGCUACCAUCAUAUUAUUCACGGCCGGGUUCUCCCCCUGCUCCUCCCCUCCCAGACAGCAGCCCUGAUCAUGGCACUGCUAGCUAUAAAGCAUUCAAGGUUUAGUGGUCUAAAGCAAAAAUAAUAAAUAUCCAGCAAUUCCUAUGAAGCUUGUACAGCAAUGCUGUGCUUCCAGAGGCUAUACAUAUGAAGAUAAAUCUUACUGCUUUGCUUCACAAUUGUAUUCAUAAAUAUGUUUUUAAUGUUGUUCCAGUACUUAUUUUCCCGGGUUGAAUGUGCCAUAGCAAAUAUUUCCAACCAAACAUAAUAUAAAAUAUGCUUUUUUUGAAGAAUAAUCACAUAAUGUUUCCAGAUAACCUCUGGAAACAUAACAUCCCUGUACAAAUGGUUUUGAAGUAUGAUUUCUUUCUUUCCACAUGAACACCUAAAUACUCAACAGAAGCUUUUCUGAAUGUAUGAAAUCUCCUUCAUUGGACAGAGUUUGGGCCAAUCAAAAACAUAUAGUGAAACAGAUAUAUAUAAAUAAAAAACCCAGAAAGUGAACUUUCCUUUUAACAUUCUAUGAAUAAAAGGAUAAUUCCCUCAUAUCUGUAAGGCCUUAUGGAGCUAAAAUACCAGCUUUAUUUGAAACUCUGAGAAGGAUAGAAAAGGCUGGGGGGAAACAUUCAUUUUGUGUUACUCUACAUGUGGGUACUCUGACUGGUAAAGUACUUAUUUUUUUAGAAUAGUGAGGCAAGCACUUAAUUAAUUUCUCUUUCUGGUGACUAGUAGAUAAAUAUUGAGUUUUACACAAGCUGUGUUGUAUUUUAGAUUAUUUUAGUGUUACUAUACUCAGUUUCAUAUCAAUGUAAGUGAAGUUAUAUGACGGUUACAUAUGGGAAAUCCUCCAAAAUGAAUCUGGAACUGAAUUAUAAUGCAAUUUGGCCAUUUAGUCAUUUGUCCCUUAGUGUCAUUCAACUUAAUUAGCGCCAAGGAGGGACUCUGGUUUGGGUCACUUUACCACAUCUGAGCCUGUGUCUGUUUUCUAAAGCUAUGCAGUUUCUGGACUGUGCCAUUCCUCUGUAGCUUAUUUUAUUUUACAUGGACAAUAGAUGCAUCUCCAAAUAAAUAUGGGGCUUUGCAACAAUGUAAUGUUGAUUUUGUUCUCUGAAAUGGAUUUAAUGGAUCAAAACACACCUUUCUGGCUAUAAUCUGCCACCUUAUGUUGUAAUCUUUAAAUGUGCAAUAAAUUAUGUUUCAGAAGUGUUGUUUUGCUUUUCAGAAGGGCAACUAUUUAAUGGGUGAAUGUUGAAAUAUGGAUUGGAAUUCCAGCUCUAUAGUCUUAAUAUAUGCGUCUGUGCCUACUUGUACAUACUGAGUGUAGUCCAACCGAUAUCAACUAGUGGAUAUGUUUGCAUUAUAGAUUCCUGAAUUUAUUCUUUCAACAUUUUACCCCAUAGUUGUUCUUUUGGCUGUAAUGCAGAUAUUCCUUUUUUUUUAAAUAAACUAAUACAUGAGAGGAUCUGGA